AUGCCAGAUAAUUUCAACUCUUCUGCUGGGGCGCUGAGCAACUCCACAAUGUCCCUCGAUAACAUGACAGUGCUCAACCGAGUAGCCGUGCUCGCUACCUACAAAAUCUACGAUACAUGGGGGUGUUUACCUUGGAAUACCUAUUCAGUUUAUGUGCCAUCAGUGCUUUUGACCGUUGGUGCAGUGUCCCUCGUUGUUGCCGGUGCCUUUUCUUCGAUUUCUAAGCCUAAGAACGCUAACGAUCCACUGCCUUAUCAUCCACUUUUCGACCCUUCUGAUGUCGGCUCAAUUCCUCUAGACGAGGAAGCAGAAGUUGUCAACAAAUUCACCACCCGUAACGCCAUCAUGAUGCCAGUUUUGUCUGGAGCUGCUCUUCUCGGAUUGAAAUACGCAUUACAAAACUCUCUUAAGGAUAUUGUCCAGACCGUUUUGAAGAAAUACAUGGUUGCAACCUCGUUGAUGUCCAAUUACUCCUCCGUUAACUUUUUUUUGAAGACCGGAAACCGUUUGCUUUGUCAUAAGUUUGGUAUCAAUCCUCUUGAUAUCAUUGGCAAGUAUAGAAUUGUGUUAGCGAACGAUACAGCGCUCAGUCCAUCAGGGGUGAUUGUUAAUGAUGAUAAAAUGGAAGCCGACAAUUUCAAAUUCCGUAAUGCCCUUCUCUCGAUUAUUGGCCUUUCCAUCAAGAAAGAUGAUAAAAAAAAUAUAUCUGAAGAUUCAUCAAAAGAAAAAGGAUCAGAAGAAAAGAAAGAAUCUAAACAGAGUAAAUUAGACAAAUUGAGAGAUGAAUUGUCCACUACCGUCGACAAAAAGGAACAACUUGCCAAUGUUUUUUUCUCCAGCGCAGAUAUCACUUCAUUACUCGUUUCUUGUAUGGCUACUUAUGCUUUUGCCACAAAUACUGGCGCUGGCUCUAAAAACUGGAUCUUAUCUAAUAUCAUUGGGUCAUCUCACGCAAUUUGGGGAAUGCAAAAUACCGGGUUUAGCUCUUUUAGAGCCGCGUUCCUUUUAUUAGGACUCUUGUUUUUCUACGACAUUUAUUUUGUUUUCUACUCCGAUGCAAUGGUUACUGUGGCCACCGGAAUUGAUAUCCCAGUCAAGCUUGUCUUCCCUCACGCUCCAGAAGCCCCAAUUACCGAUGGCGUCAUCCCAGCAAUUAAGGACCUGAUGCUUGGACUUGGUGACAUUGUCAUUCCAGGAUCCCUUGUAUCCCUUGCUCUCAGAUUUGAUUUAUUUAACUAUCAUGCUGCUAACCCACAAACUGAAUUCCAUCAUUUGAAUAAAUAUUCAAAACCUUACUUUUACAGCUCUAUUACUGGGUACAUUUUAGGCCUUGGUCUUACCAACUACUGCUUGCAUUAUUUCAGCACUGCCCAACCAGCAUUAUUGUACCUUUGCCCAUCAGUUAUUUUGGCCAUAAUUGUUGUGUCUCUUGUUAGAGGAGAGUUCCUCAAGUUAUGGAAUUUCAGUGAUGAUGAAGAAUCUGAGAAAAAAGAUUCUGAUGAAUCCAAACCAAAAACAUGGAAAGCUUUCUUAGAAGUUGAUUUGCCUGAAGAAGAUGAAGAAGAUGAGGAUUAUGAUGUUCUAGUUAUUGAGGAUGAGGAAGAAGAUGAAGAUGAAGAAGACGACGAAUAUGAAGAAGAUGAGGAUGAUGUACUUUAG